ACUCUCCUAUAUUGUGUGACUUAUCUUCCUACCUACAUUCUGUUUCAAGCAAACUUAGUUCUCACUUUCCCAACUUUCUUUUCUCAACUCAACCGAAGCAAAAAAAAAAGAAGAAACAUCAAGAGAAAAACAAGAGUAAUAAAGUAGAUUGUAGUGAUCUAACUACAAGCUUCUUUUCUUGUUCUAACCCAAAAUGGAUUCAGAAACCAACCAUAACGACUACACACAUGAUGGAACUUUGGAUCUUCGCGGUCGCCCUGCAAUUGCUUCUAAGACGGGCAAAUGGAAGGCUUGUGCUUUUCUUCUUGUUUAUGAAGCAUGUGAGAGAAUGGCCUUCUAUGGCAUAGCAUCAAACUUAGUGGUUUACUUGACAACCCAACUCCAUGAAGACACUGUUUCAUCAGUCAGAAAUGUGAAUAACUGGAAUGGAGUGGUAUGGAUGACACCAAUCAUUGGUGCUUAUAUCGCGGAUGCUUAUCUUGGUCGAUAUUGGACGUUUACCAUCUCUUCCCUCAUCUAUGUCCUGGGCAUGGUACUCUUGACAAUAGUUGUUUCACUCAAGUCCUUGAAACCAAGUUGCACAAAUGAAACAUGCAACAAUAGCUUUUCACUCCAAAUUGGGUUAUUCUACACAUCCCUCUACAUCAUUGCCCUAGGUGCCGGAGGUACGAAGCCCAAUAUUUCGACGUUGGGGGCGGACCAAUUCGACGAUUUCGAUGCCCAUGAGAAGGAGUUGAAGGUCUCCUUCUUCAACUGGUGGAUGUUUAGUGCCUUCUUAGGUGGUCUAUUUGCCACUUUAGGGCUUGUGUAUAUCCAAGAAAACUUGGGAUGGGGGUUAGGUUAUGGAAUUCCUACUGCCGCCCUUAUAUUAUCAUUGAUGGUCUUUUAUUUAGGAACUCCUAUUUACAGGCACAAGGCUAAAAACUUAAAAAGCCCUACAACAGAUAUUGUUAAAGUUGUUUUCACUUCAAUGGCUAACUGGAAACUUAAGGUUCCAAACGAGUCUAGGAAGUGCCAAGAAGUUCAACCACAACAUGGCAUCACAAGUGGAAAACCCCAGGAAAAUGAACCUUCAAAUUUCAAGUUUUUGGACAAAGCUACCAUAAAAGAAGGCAGUUCAAGACUCCCAUGCACAGAAGUACAAGUUGAGAAAACAAAGCAAGUUUGUGGAAUGAUAUUAAUAUGGUUGGUACUCCUCAUUCCUAGCACAAUAUGGGCCCAAAUCAAUACACUCUUUGUCAAACAAGGAACUACCUUAGACCGUCACAUAGGGACUCAUUUUCAAGUCCCUGCAGCCUCCCUAGGGAGCUUUGUUACACUAUCAAUGCUCAUAAGCGUACCAAUCUACGACCGCUACUUCGUGCCCUUCAUGCGAGCGAAAACCGGCAAUCCUAGGGGAAUUACCCUCCUCCAAAGACUUGGUAUUGGUUGUAUCAUCCAAAUUGCGGCCAUAGCAAUUGCAUAUUUGGUGGAGAUGCAAAGAAUGCAUGUGAUUAAGGUGGAACAUGUGUUAGGAAAAAAUUCACUUGUUCCUAUGAGCAUUUUUUGGCUAUUGCCUCAAUAUGCACUAAUUGGUGUGGCAGAUGUUUUCAACUCUAUUGGCUUGCUUGAGUUUUUCUAUGAUCAGUCGCCAGAUGACAUGCAAAGCUUAGGUACAACGUUCUUUACUAGUGCGAUUGGAGUUGGAAAUUUUCUGAACAGUCUACUUAUUACCUUGAUAGAUAAGAUGACAGGAAAAAAUGGUGGAAAGAGUUGGAUAGGUAACAAUUUGAAUGAUUCUCAUUUAGAUUACUACUACUUGUUCUUGUUUGGGUUGGCUAUUUUAAAUAUGGGGGCCUUUGUGUGGGCAUCAAACGUUUAUGUUUACAAAAAGGAGGCUAAAGUAAUGCAAGAUGAAGAUGAUUAUUAUGCCAAAUAGAAGGAAUGGUUGUAGAUGGUUAGUAGAAGAAUAAGUAUUUGUUGAGUAGGGUAGUUCAAGUGUUAAAGUUAUUGCAUGAAGUAUAAUGUAAGGCAUGAUACAGUUAUUGGAGUUACUUGUUUUAAACUCGAAUUAUACCUCCUCUCAGAAAAAAAAAAUUCGAAUUGUAUCUAGAUUACUUAACCUGAUUUUGACUCGAACUAAACUUUAUACAUCAAAAUCGACCGGCCUGUUGGCAUAAUAAAAGUUGGCCUGAUUGAGGUCCCCAAUUAA